CCUAACCGCAAAGGGGCUGAGCAACCUCUUCAUACUUUAGUUGGAAAAAUAAAAGCAGUAAUUCAUCCUGCACUUCCGUAUCAGCCAGUGCAUACCAAGAAGAGUGAUCUAAGGUGGAGUUAUUUUGCUCACUCUUCUUGCUAGCUUCUUCCUUGUUGUCAGGCUCUGUCAUUUAAAUAUGGGGGUUAAGACAUAUGGCCGUAGACCUGGUAGGCUCAAAUGAAAAACAAUGACUGUUGCAUUUUGGGCCAUCCUUUUCCUCCUUAUGGAUUGUUCCUUUCAAGAAGGAAUGUUGCUUCUUCCACCACAGAAUGUAACACUAAUCUCUGAGAAUUUUUACACGUUUUUGAUAUGGCAUCCAGCUCCAGGCUCAACCAGCAACACUCAGUAUGAAGUGGAGAGACAUAAUGGUAACAGAUCUUCUCCUGGAUGGGUCAAAGAGACGUCCUGCCGAGGGAACAAUCUGAAAGUGAUCCAGAGCUGUCAGCUGCAUCUGCCAGAUUUAUACACCCACUACUAUGCCAGGGUGAGAGCCCAGGAUGGAUCUAGGUGGUCUGAUUGGGCCAAUUCGAAUACACUGCAGCUGUAUAAAGACACAGUUAUUGGUCCCCUUAAUCUAUCUCUGGUGGUAGCCGACCAUGAUCUUACUGUGUCUGUGUCUAUGCCUCAGACCCCCCUGAAGACAAGUGAGAACCUCAAGGUCAUGAAAGUUCUGCGCAUCCUGGUCGCCCUUCAGAGAGAGAACAAAACCAUCCAGAAAGUAAUGGUGGGUUACAAGCUUGGCAGAAUGAACCACACAUUUGAGAAUAUAAAACCAAAUGUAAACUACUGUGUCCAAGCAACCGUGGUCCACCAGCCAGCCAAGGAGGCUGUGCAGUGUAUCAAGUGCCCAGAUGAUGUCUGGACUCCUUUUGUUAUAGCAUCUCUCACCCUGGGAGGGUUCAUCCUUUUGGGUGCGGUUGGCGGGGCUGUCUCUAAGCACCACCUGCAAACUUCAGAAAUUGUCCUCCCCCAGUCACUGACAUUUCUGAACACAGAUCGGUCGGCUUUGAGAGCUGCCCUCCCUCUGGACGGGGACUCCCCUUCCCUCUCGGCCAUGUGCUUCUUUUCUCAUCACCGCAUCCUGAACCAGCAGGAAAGAGGCCAGAUCCAGUUCAUUCCAGGGAGCUGCAACACCCAGCGACAGAGCAUCUACUGUGCCAACGUUCUGCGCCAGGCUCCCCUGGGCGACAGGGACUCUGCUCUAUUGUCGGGGGCCUUUGGAGACACUUCCUCCUCCGGAGAGUCCCUGGGAGAGGAAUACCUGACAGAGGUGAAUUCUAGAACGGCUCCAGAGCACUUCGAAUCAUCCCUCCACUCAUCUCCUGCAACAGGAGGACUUCAUCCUCAUGGCAUGAGGAGAGGAUCCAGGGAACGGGCAUGUGAAAUGGGCAGCCAAAGCGAGCAAAUGAGGUGGACCUCUUUGCCCAGGGCUGAUGUUCCCCUAGACUCUUUGAAACUGCAAAACGUCCUGGAUCUACAAGGUCUCGUACAGGAUCCAGGCACUUAUCUUCCACUCGAAGGCUGCCGUGCUUACUCAGGGACCCAGCUCCAACGGGCCAUGGAAUCCCUUGCAUGCCAGGAACAAUGUGGCCUCUCCAAAGACAGGGAAGGCCCUCAUGACUCCAGACUCCUGGAAGGCAGAGAUGCACAUACAAGGAGGUUCCCGGGCUAUGAAUCCCGCCCACCCAUCCUUUUCUGAAAACUGAUGUUCUGAAUUUAUUUUAUUUAUUUGGUCCUGAGUAUUGGUUCUUAGCCACUUUUGAGACUGAUGCACCUUAAAAGAAACACUAGUGAUAGAUCUCUAGGCACAUCCGGUGUAUACUACAAAGAGAGCUGCUCUGUGUGUGCCAUUCACUGUUUUCAGGCCCAAGCUAUAUGUUAUAGAUAGUUCAUUAUUAGAAGCUGUUAGUGCUCCAGCAGUGGGAGUCGCACGGACCUUUGUGAGUCAGCGAGCAUAGCUGCAGACAAGACCGAUGCUUGCCUCUCAUUGAGCAGCCACGAAACAAAACAAAGCCAGCUAAUUUGUUAACUAACAGGAGGAAUGAAAAGCUACUGCUGUCGACAUGAAGCAUUCUCAAUGUUUGUGGGUUACUUGUAACGUACACUUGACCUAGAAUUAAAGGCAAGAGGGAUGAAGGAGCUUCUUCACAGCUUGUUUGAACAUCUGCACUAAAAGAGCAAGGCGUGGGCCAGUGGGAAGGCAGCAGCUCUUCACACAGCUGUGGGGCCACCACCAAAAUGGUAACUCAUCUUUACCAAUGGAUAGAGGACCAGACCCACUGAACGUAGUUUUGAAAGGAUUAUCUGUUUUUGUGUGUGUGUCAUUUGUUUGAUCCGUUUUAGUAUUUGUAUACUCACUGUUUUUACCUUUAUACUGUUUGACUCGGCAGGGGAUUAGAACCUAGAACGAGCCAGAUAUGGAUCCAGCACUCUGAUCACUGCACCGCACUACCUCCUGGGCUAGCCUGCCUGCCACGUGCAAUUAAUUCUCUAUCUCCUAACAGGCUACAGCCUGUUUUCAGGAGCUUCUUCUCUAAGAACCUCGAACAGUUAUUACUUUGGACGACUAGAACUCCUCAGCCAUCAAGGCCACUGCUACCCAUGCUGCCUGGAGGACUCUGGGAGUUGUAGUCCAAAAUAAUAAUAAUAAUAAUAACUUUCCCAAGCAUUUCUUUUGCCGCAUGGCAGCCAAAGAAGUCAGAUCCUGUCAAAUAUUUUUCAUCUGAACAUUUCUGACAUCCGGUAAACAGCUGAAAAUUGAACACCGGGGGGGGGGGGGAGAGGAAAAGUUGUUGUGAGAAUCAAAUCCCAAAAUAAAUGAUGGCGUCCAGGGAAAAAUGGAUGGGUGCUCAGCUUCAUCCGUCUCACCUCUAUCCUUCACUGAUUGGGAAGAGAGGUGCUGCUGAGGGGAAAUGAGUCUGUCAGUGCUGAAGGUGACAAAUGAGUUAAUAAGCAGGUACUGUGUCUUCUCUAAAAAGAUGCAGGGAGACCAUUUGUCUGAUUCUCUACAGUUGCAGAGUUUUUCAGUUUUUUGGUUAUAUACCUCUAGCUGCACAACAGAAGUGCAGGGACUCACAGAACAGAAUUAGCUUUGCAUUCCUCACAUUCUCCCACAUUCCCUGCCUCUUUUUCUUCAUCAACUGGCACUUACAGUCUCAAUCACUCGUUCUGACAUUAGAAUGAGAAGGAAUAAAAGGUUUCAUUUACUUACGGUUGAACAGAUAACAGCGAACUGAGAAUAAACAUGACUGGUUUGAGCAGCAGGCUUUAACACACUACCUGCUCCCAAUUAACUACAAGAGAGGAGAAAGAGCUCUUAGAAAUCAGAAGCAGGAAAGGAAUAAUUGGUUAGUAUUGUUAGUGAUUGACAGUCAACCCUGCCCAAAAAAUUACCUCUCAGCCAAAACCUACUAGAGGCAGCAUGCAAGGUAGCAGAAACACCUGCACAUACAACAGUGUCCCGUUAAGAAAUAACAGAGCUUGCAAAUGUUCCUUCUUUUGGAAUACAACUCUGAGGAUGCCCCCAACUGCCAAGUGAAAGACUAUAGAAUCACAGAGUUAUUGAAUCAUGCCCAGGAAAAAGUAACCAUGCUGAGUUAAAAUCAUCCAUAGUUCAACAGCAAAAUAUUUCAAAAUAUGAAA